CCAUCGUCCUCAGCACCUCUACCUAGUUUGGACAGUAACAGUGACAGCCGUUCCACCCAGAGCCAGGGUAGGUACUCCUCACCAACCUAGGAGACGGCAGUUGGGACAAACCCUGCUUGCCCAUUGCAACCCGAGGCAGCUCGUUAUUUGUGCCGAAGAUAUUUCCAGCUUCUGCAAGACAGACCACCGUUAUUGCCAUCAACAGGAGGACAAUCUCAAGCUAUAUCCGUGGAUGAGAAGUGCAGGUGCAGACAGGAAGCUGGGCCGCCAGACAUACACGCGCGAUCAGACUCUGGAGUUCGAGAACGAGUUCCACUUGGACCGCUACCUGACGCGGCGACGGCGCAUGGAGAUAGCACACGCUCUUUGCCUCACCAAAACACGAAUCAAAAUAUGCUUCCAGAACCGCAGUAUGAAGUGGAAAAAAGAGAACAAGACAAAGAGCCGUUGCUCUCCUACUGCGGGACACGAGGAUAAGAAAGAAUAUAAUAUUGAACAGACAGGCAGAGAAUAAGAGGCUGAUACAACGCGCAGCAUCUUUAGUCCCUUAAUACAUCAUUUCAUCUACAAAAUUAAAUUAAUUAACAUGGAAAAGUCCCUCUAUUUAUUACGUAGAGUCGUAAAAGCACUACAUAACCUAUUCGUUCUUUAAACUUUUUGCUGUAUGUAAAAUACAUAAAUAUGCCAUA